AUGUGUUUGCUGUACAGAAAUCCACACCACAUCUACGAUGUGGUCCGUCCUUUACUAGCCUUUUCGAAGGUGUUUGGACAAACUGCAUUCAGGAUUGUAGGCGAACCACCGUACGUGCAGAUCAAAGUUAGCCGUAUCGAGUGUGUAGCGUUGUUGAUGAACUUUGUGGGGAAUUGUUUUUGCGCGUACAUCAACAUUUCCAACAGUCGCCUGUCCCGAUUUACCGGUUCAACAGUGAUGGAUAAGGGACUUAGUUUUCUGUUCCCAUUGGGUGCUAUCAUUAUGGCCCUGCUGGCCAUCGAUAACUUCUUGCGGCGCAACAUUACCUGCACCAUACUAGCACAGCUGUUCGCAGUGGAUCGGUCCUUGCAGAGGAAAAACCUCGGCCUUAACCAUAGGCGACAAUAUGUGGUGCUUGUGCGGCUACUGUACGUGUUGGUCGGGUUCAUCGCGUUUGGGACGUUAUUCUCACUGGGAAUGGCUGCAAUUUCUGAAUUUUCUCUACUGAAUCACAUGAUUAAUGGGUUUUCUUAUGCAUAUACCGGAGUUCAGUUUUUGAUAGUGAAUUUUCAUUUCGUUGCCACUGCACGGUUGGUUACCUAUCGGUUGGAAGUGAUAAAACGUAGCAUAAAGAAACACUUUGAGUCGGGAUCGUGGUGGAUCGAGCAAAAGCAACGCUGGGGACGCCGGAUGGAGCCAAUCGAUGUCGUCGCAGAGCUUGCCGGAGAUUUCGCUACCUUGACGCGUAUCGUUGAACGAGCCAAUCGCAUCUACUCGAAUCAGAUCGUCGGUCUAAUUAGUGGUGUAUUAAUGUUCAGCAUUUUCGUAAUAUACGCCUGCUCCUACAGCUAUUACGUUGGAAGUAUACACGAAUUUCGGUUGACAUUCAUUCUGCUGACAGCCUGGAUGUUUUACAUCCUCAUGGUGGGAUUCAUUUUCUUCUCGGGAAUGGGUGUGAGAAAUACUAGCAAUGCCGUUGUGGAUCUGUUACACGAGGCUCUGCAGCAGGAAAACGAUGUAUCGAUCAAGCGGAAGCUGGCAUGCUUCUCCCAACAAAUUCUGCUCCAACAGCCGAGACUACGAUGCAUAUUUUAUGAUUAUAAUUGGAAAACGUUGUUUAGUAUGUUCGGGCUGGUGGUUACCUAUUUAGUAAUACUGUUGCAGUUCGACAAAAUAUCUGACCGUUCAUCCAAUGAGAAUCCCUUGUCUGCGUGA